UGGUUGGGCCAGAGGAUGCGUGGUUCGCUCUCUCAACCCGGGCAUAUCCAGUCUAGCGGCGACCGCGUACACGCGUGGUCUAUUUUCUCGUUUCUAGUUUUCUAGUUUCUAUAAUAAGUUUUUCGGUUAUCCGUGCGAUACCUUCGCCGACACUCUGGCCGGCCGAUGAGGAACGUAUCGAGCGCGUCGUCGGUCGUGUUCACCGUGCCGGCUCGUUUCGUCGACGCGACUUGACCAAUCGCCGCCUGGGAUAAGUCUCGGCAAGGAUCGCUCUGCGUUACUGUAACUGCCCGGCGCAACAUCCUACCAGCGAUCGAGCAAGCCAGCAAACAAGCCAGCAAGCAAGCAAGCGUGUGUAACCGUGAGCGUCAAGCCAUCGACCAACCAUUCCGAAACCAUCGGAACGCGGUCAUCCACCCUACGUUCGAGCAGCAGCCGCCUCGCGAGCCGAAACUACCCGAGUUUCACCUCUGAACUCGAUCCCCUACGUAUCUCUUCUCCCUUGUUCGCUCGGCUCUGCUACGUUUCGCUCCGUUUCGCUCCGCGUUUAUUGAAUUUUCGUCGUGCGGGAACCUGCGAGCCCAUCGCAGUCUCAGAUCAACAAGCAACGGCAACAGGGCUUUGCCGGCGUGGACGAGGGCACGGAUGGACGCAACGAGGAUGAAAAUACCGGGGCGGAUCGAGCCAGUGGUGUGACCGCGAAAGAGACCUUGAAGCGGGGAAGAAGGGACCGGCGAGGAUUCGUCGAGGUCAACGAGUGGGACUCGUUGCGAUAGGUAGCGGAACUGCGGCUACAAGAUGGCAACACCGCCGGACUCGCCGGGACCGGAGGAGGCGCUCUUCGACUUCGAGAGCUCGAGGACCAGGCAGCAGGCAACCAGACCGGUCGCUCUCGAGGAACUCCUCCGGCAGACCAAGUUCUCCAGGCAGGAGAUACGGGUGAUGUACCGGGGUUUCAAACAGGAGUGUCCGGAGGGCGUUGUGCACGAAGACUCGUUCAAGGACAUCUACGCGAAGUUCUUCCCCCAUGGCAACUCCAGCCUCUACGCCCAUUACGUGUUCAAGGCGUUCGAUGUGAACUGCAACGGCGCCAUCAGCUUCAGGGAUCUGCUAGUGACCCUGUCGACGUUGCUGCGCGGCAGCAUCUACGAGAAGCUACGGUGGACGUUCAAAUUGUAUGACAUCAACGGGGACGGUUGCAUCACCAGAAGCGAGCUAGGUGAAGUUGUAACAGCGGUGCACGAGCUGAUGGGUAGGCGGCAUCACGCCGAGGAGGAGAGGAAAGCCAGGGAACAGCUGGACAGGGUGUUCAAGAAGCUAGAUCUGAACCAGGACGGCGUAAUAACGAUCGAGGAAUUUAUCGAGAGCUGUUUGAAGGACGACGUGAUCACUCGAUCGCUGGCAAUGUUCGAUUGCGCGCUCUGAUCUCCGGCGAAGGAAGAGCCUCCUCUGGCAGUGAGUACGACGUCGCCGAUCUCGCCGAUCACACCGGUCACACUUGCCACACCUGUAACGCCGCUCUCCACCACGACAACCACCUUCUCGCAGUCUCAGUCGCCUUCGCCACCGCCGCCGUCCUACUCUUUGCUGCCACCGAUCCCACCGCCUUUGCCUUCGCAGCCGCCUCCGGGGUACACAGUUCAAGACCAGGAACUGUACAUGCUUCUCGCGGCUCACUGGUGGAAUCAGCCGGAGGCUCCGCUCUUUUGCUGAGGGCUCGAUUAAACGGCCCCGACCGUUUCCAGGCCGCGACUCCGAACAUCCACGACGAGCGGGGGAUUUCAAUCUUGCGGGUUCAAGAAUACGAUUCUUCUCGUCAAACUGCCGAGGGAUGCGAUCUAACGAAGCGAAAUCGAGAAACAAAGCAAAUCGAUAUGGUUCCAAGGGAACAUCCCCGAGGAUAUAUUCGAUGUACCAUCGUGUUCCAUAAAGUCGCCGAACAAGAGACUAUCGUGUACUCGAGGACUGGAUAAUCUUCUGGAAAAGAAAACGUCUGUUUCUACGCGAAUUGCGUGCCAAAUCACAGCGGAGAGUAUUUCACGUGGGAGCGUCGUUGCGCGACGUCGAGUCACGACAAAUUCGAACAGAGUCACACCGUGGAUCCGUAGGUGGCAGAUAUCUAUAUUUCCCUUUCUAACGAAUCUUCCACCUCCGGAAACAACGUAUUAAUCUCCUAGCACGAUAGAUCGUGAUUGGCGGAAGAACCGGGUCGGUACCAUGCGCGAAGUUGCAUCUAUUACACGAGUUCGAUAUUCUUCUGAUUUUCGCUGUGAAACUGUCUUUGGAGAUACCGUUGCAAACGGGAGUUGUAAGGAACGGCGUAUAACAAAUGCGCUUUGCAGGCAUAGCACCGACAUAGAGCCGUCAUAGGCGCCGGCACAGAAUUUGUAUGCAGGGUAAUCGACUCACAGGGACACAGAACUGCCCGAUCUCGCCGCUGUAUACCGGUUAAUCAAGCCGCGGGGGGCGCAGAACUGACUCAGCACAGCUGUAUACGGGGUAAUCGACUCCCAGGGGCGCAGAACCAGCCUAUCGUCGUUGUAUACCGCGUAAUCAACGUGCAGGGGCGUCGCGAACCGACUCGGUGAAUCGCAGCGUGGGGUAGCAGGGAAACGUAUUCGAUUUUCUUUCAACGACAAUCGUUCCGCGAAUUAAUUACAGGAAAUCGUCGUUUUCGUCGAUCGACGAUUCGAGGCGGUAGUAUACGAGAACGGUGUGCGCCGUUAUCGUCGAGAAGCCUUGGUACCAGGGGCCCCCGACUUUCUAGGGAAUAUAUCCGUAGGCGUUUUAAGCCGUAAGCGAACCGAGAAUCAACUUUUCUAAGGCGUCGAUCGUUAAACGAACGAAUACUCCUGGACGUUGACGCUUCGACGGCCGUCGGGAAAGCGCAUAUAUCGGCCGUCGACGCGUCAACGGUGUAAUCGGUACUAAACCUGACGCCAAAUAAGAAGGUCCCUGAGAAAUGUCGACAACCGAACUCGUUCAUUGGUUCACGAGUGAACAUAAUCGAGCGGAGCAGCAGGGACCGUGAAUCGAAGCGUUAACGGAACGAGAUGCGCGUAACAGGUUCCUUUUUAUUUGGUGUCAACUAUAGUCCUCGUGGAUUAGGAUCCUGUUAUCGCUCACCUGGCAAUCAGAACACCAAAUCGCAAUAAUUAAGGUAACGAGCGCGCUCGCCGGGAUAGUUUUCGUUCGACUUUAUUUAUAGUUUCUCUAGAGAUUAAUGUCGGGUGUUAUCGAAUCCCUAGCGUUAGGUUAGACUUUCGGGCGACCGGGUGACAUUCGCUGGCCCACCUAUGACUCGAGAGAGAGAGAGAACUAUGCGACCGAGAACAGUCGUUUCGGAACGCGAGACAAGGAGCGAGAGUAAUACGCGUUCGAACCGUAAAGCGACGCGGGACGUCCAUGGGUCUCACCUCGCGAAUCGCCGGAGAUUUUCUGUAAUUGUUUCGAGCCCCGAGACGGAGUGGAGCCGAAUCACGGUGGUCGUCUUAGGAUAGUUGUCGUCUCGACCGUCAGCGUAGCACUGUCCUCGCGUCCGGUCGCGUCGCUGGCGGACGGGACGGUGUCAUUUGGUAGCCGGUUGCCAGGCGCGUGCCUAUGGCAACCCGUAGCCAGUAUGGAUCUCACAUUAGCGCGCGAUCUUCUAGCCGAUUUAGGGAUAUCGUACAAAACGUGAUCGCGAAACGAAUCUCCGCGCGUGUUACGGUUUUAGUCCGACCGAUGCGUAUUCGUAUUUUUCGACCAGCUUCUAUAUUCCGCAUUUUUCAAUGGCAUAUGGACACACACACACUGAUUAUCGGAAGGAUUCCUACGAAUUUUCUGUUUGUUCGAUUUUUCUCGGACGCGUUUCUAGCCGACGAUGGGACAGAUAAUCGGCUCUGUCAAUUACAUUUAAUAUUAUCGUUACGAUAAAACACGAUUAUUCACCGAACGACGGCGAACGGUGUACUUCUAAUCGUAAGUAAUCCUAAGCAAUACGGGGCGGAGGUGUAUUUCCCAAAACGAAGUGCUUUAAUUAUUCUAAUAACGAUUAUAUACAGAAAGCUCUAUUUAAACUGUACUCGAACGACGAGAGCGUAUUAUACAGGGUGCCGCAAUAACGAGAACUGAAAUUCGAGAUUCAAUUGAUUGGUCAUUGAUUGGACACAACACCAUAUAUGCCACACGACAUUCCAUGAUGUCGGACGAGUAUCGUUCCCAUCGCUGGCCGCGAUACGAUCGAAUCCGUCGACCGGAAACACGUUAGCCGAUGAUUUUCCGUAGCGUUCUCAAAUGGUUUCUCCGAUCUCUUCACGAACCACGGAUUCAGGAGAGAAAAAAAGAAAAGGUUGAACCGUUGAUCGUUGUUCCUAAAACAGAUGAAAGCACGUGAACCUAGAGAAUUUAAUUUUUCCAGUUGAAAAAAUCGCAUAAUCCAUGAUGCAUAUUUACCAUAAAUAUCUGCAGUCUCGAGUCGUCGUCCUGGGAGCCGAGACGGCUGAAUCGGUCGCCGCUGGUUAAUUGAAACCGGAGAAAGAUUCAGUUUUCAAUGUUGUACAUUUCCCCCGACGGAACCGAAUUGUGGUCGGUGACAGAACCGGAAGCGAAAAUCAUAGGCGUCGAUAUUUCCGGUGGCUCCGCGUUGCGUAAUCGAUCGAGCGUUACACAAUUUUUAUAUGUUUUCUAUGGAAAAAAAGUGAAACAAGAGGACCCUAGACGGCAAAACAACGAAUGUUAUAUUACAAACUUUUUCUACCCAAGCGAUGAAGGAAACGCGGGAACGUUCCGUCGACUUACCUCUGCCAAGAUCUGGCGGUAAAACUAAAAAGCUUGCAUAGUGUUCACAAAUUUGGAAGAUCGUUCGUUGAACGAAGAAGCGAUAGAGGGCAAGAGAGAGAGAGAGAGAGAGAGAGAGAGAAGAGAGAGAGAGAGCGUUGCCAGAGUUAAGUCGAAGAAGCUUCCAAGAAUUUGUUGUUCCGUUGUUUAACGUUACUUCUGGCGUGCGGUGGGCACGUAGAGACGAAACACGCGAGAAAAGGUCCCUGUUCAACAAGAAAAAAAAAAGUGACUACAGAGCAGAAGGUACAUAUGCGAUUAGGGUACUAGCGACGAAAAAUUUGGACACCGAGAAAGAGAAGAAGGAGGAGAGAGAGAGAGAGAGAGAGAGAGAGAGAGAGA